GAAUCCAAUAAACUUUAGUAGAGUGAAAUAUCUAGGUUUUGUUUUAGAAUUCAAUUUUAAUAUAAUUCAAAUCAAUAAAAAAAAAAUAAAAGAAAGGAAAAAAUAUAUAUAUAACCCUACAGACUACAACUUUUUUUUAUCUUUUCCCAUUUUUGUUGUUCGCAUCAUACUACUAGAAGUUAAGGUAUUUUUUUUUCCUUUCUCACUUUUUUUAUUUGUUCAUGCCUGUCAUUGGCAGCCAUACAACUCCAAUAUAUGAUUUUUCUUUCCUUCAAUUUGUUCUUAUUCUUUGUGACAGUUUGUAUUGUGAUCCCUUGAUGAAAAGGAAAACUGAAGGAAGAGGCGUUGUGGUUGCAUGAAGAAAUUCUCAAACUCAUAAUUUCUUUUUUAGAGGAAGACUGAAGGAAAAGGAGAAGUUUUUUAAAUCCCUAUUUUUUUUCUUUAUUUGAGUUGUUGGUGGUUUUGGUUUUAAUUAUUUUUUUAUUUUCUUUGAAUGCUUAGAGUAGUGUAGUAAUCUUAUCAGGUAGAUGUUGAUUGGACUUUUGGUAGAUGUUGAUUGGACUUUUGGUAGGCUACAUUGGUUACCGUGCUAAUUAUUUAGUUAAGUUUUUUGUUAGGUAUUUAUUUGUAAGUGAGGGCAGCUUUGACAAUUUACCAUAUUAUUUUUAUUUAAUUUGAUUUUGUCAUUUUCACAAUUUUGAAAAUGUUUUACUAUUUUUUCAAAUAAACCCCCAAAAUUUGGUCAGCUAAAAAAAAAUUAGAUUAAGUGCAUAUGUUUAGUUAUCCAAAAUAAAAAAAAAAAGCCCAAUCAAAAUGGCCCACGGCAAAAGCCCACGGAAAGAAACGACGACGAAAAUCCAGCCGAAGUCCCUCGAUCGGAAAAAAAAAGAAAAGAAAAAGAAAAAGAAAACGAUUUCGACGGCAACAAUCAGAGAAAAUCCACGGAGAGAAAGUACUAACCCUCGACAAACCAUCGGAGACAAAAUCCAGCCGAACCCACGUUUUCCAUCGGAGACAGAAACGACGACCCACCAUUUCGACUUCAACUGAUGCGAUUUGAGCCGAUCUAGGCCGCGACUGCAACUUCUGACGCGAAGUACCGGUGUCCUAUGAUUUCGACUGCAAGGAGGUUGAUUGCAACUUCCGAAAUUUCCAGGCCAGUCUUCAAUUUCGUUUCAACAAGAUCUUCGAGAGGAGCGGCUCCCUGAACUGGAAUCGCCAAAGAAACGAAGAUCUACCAACGACCCAUUUCCCUAAAACGAUCUGAAAGCCUAAAUUCAUUCUCAAUCUCACCCGUUUUCUCGAAUUGACGGUUACCCAUAUGCCCCACCCAGUUGAAUCGUCGUCAUCAUCAUCAGAGUGCUGUAAUUCCCAUCACCAGAAAGUGAAAAAAGUAAAACCAGGACCACGAUCAUCGUCAUGGGAGCUGAGAAGAAAUGGCUUUUCACUCUCUUCUCCGCCGUUUUCCUUUCUCUUCUCCUCCUUUUAUUCUCUUCCAUUUCUGCAUUCAGCUCUCCGCGAUCCAUUCCCUCAAUAGUCCACCACGGAGCUCCAUAUCCUCCGGCGUUUGCCUAUUACAUUUCUGGUGGCCGCGGUGACAAGGACCGAAUCUUCAGGCUGCUGCUCGCUGUCUACCACCCCAGAAACCGGUACCUUCUGCAUCUCGCAGCAGAUGCUUCCAAUGAUGAGCGACUGCAGCUCGCCGUAGCAGUGAAGUCGGUACCGGCAAUUCGUGCCUUUGAAAAUGUUGACAUUGUUGGAAAGCCCAAUCGAAUCAGCUACAUGGGGUCGUCUAACAUUGCCACGAUUCUUCAUGCUGCAGCGAUUCUUCUCAAAAUUGAGAGUGGUUGGGACUGGUUUAUCACUUUGAGUGCCAGGGAUUACCCGCUGAUCAGUCAGGAUGAUCUAUCACAUGUCUUUUCGUCUGUUAGAAGAGAUCUCAAUUUCAUAGAUCACACGAGCAACCUUGGGUGGAAAGAAGGGCAGAGGGUUCAACCAAUUGUAGUUGAUCCAGGGCUAUAUUUGGCAAGGAGAACUCAAAUAUUUCAUGCCACUGAGAAGCGGCCAACACCUGAUGCUUUCAAAAUUUUCACCGGUUCCCCUUGGUUCAUCCUUAGUCGAUCGUUUCUUGAAUUCUGUGUUCUUGGGUGGGAUAACCUUCCUCGGAUACUUCUUAUGUAUUUUAACAACAUCAUAUUAUCACAAGAAGGAUACUUUCACUCUGUCAUUUGUAAUUCAAAUGAGUUCAAGAACAAAACUGUUAAUAGUGAUCUAAGAUUUAUGAUCUGGGACGAUCCCCCAAAGAUGGAACCACUUUUCCUCAAUGUAUCAAACUUUGAUGUCAUGGCUGAAAGUGGAGCUGCAUUUGCUCGAGAAUUUCAUAAAGAUGACUCUGUUCUGGACAUGGUCGAUCAAAAACUCUUGAAGCGAGGACGCAACCGACUUCUUCCUGGAGCAUGGUGCUCGGGUCGGAAGAGCUGGUUGAUGGAUCCGUGCUCCCAGUGGAGUGAUGUCAAUAUAUUGAAGCCUGGAUCUCAAGCUAAGAAGUUUGAAGAGUCCAUGAAGAACCUUCUUGACGACUGGAACACUCAAUCGAAUCAAUGCCAAUGAAAGGCAAUACAAUGGAAACAUUGACCCAAGGCUUGAUUCACUCACAAAGCAUAGCAAACAGGAUUUGGAAGCCGACUAAAAUUCAAUCAGGAAAAAUGCUGAAAUCGCCGUUUGAUGGUGCUUUAAUGGAGGUGUUGAACAAGCUGAGCAAUGCGGGGUUUCUUGCGCUUUCUCGUUCUUCAGGUGGGCAGGUAAGUAGAAAGGCUUCAAACACACUUCAGAGAGUUACAAGUGGUUAAUUGAAUCCCUAUGUAAGAUCAAACAGUUUAAUGUGAUUUGUAAUUUGGUGAGUGAUAUGAAGCACAGGAAUUUUAGGUAGAGAAACACUACAAGAAGUUGUCUGUGCUGACGGUAUUUUUCUCGAUGCGUUGAAUUUCAUUGAUAUGUGUAACUCUUU